AUGUAUUCUUCACUUCCAACUGAAUGUCUUCGUGAAAUUUUCGAGCAUGCGUACGAGUAUGAUGAUUUAGAAACUUUGGGUUCUUGUUUAUUGGUAAACAGAAAAUGGUGUGAAGCUGUUAUCCCCGUAAUGUGGAGAAAUCCUUGGGUGUUAUCUUGGUUUAAUUGGAGAGAGAAGUCAACAAGAUCAAUAACCAGUACGAUAUACGCCCUUUUACCUCAUGAAAUAAAGAUUGCCUUCAUAGUUAAUGGUAUAACAAUCACACCCCCGACGACAAGGAUCCCUUUAUUCAAUUAUGUUCAAUAUAUUCAAGUAUUGGAAUAUCGACACAUUAAAGGGUUGAUUCAUGGAGUAUUCAAUCAUGAACUUUAUAAUUCAUUGAAUACCAAUCAUAAUUUGAUGUAUAUCGAAAGAUUACUUUACAAUUUUUUCUUGAUCAAUUCAAAUAUCAAAUACUUUGAAAUCCCUCGGUUUCCUUUAUUGGGUAUAACCGCUCCAAAAAAUUGCUUUUCUGGAUUAAGGGAAAUUACGUGUGAUGCGGACAUUUCACCACAGAUUUUCAAGGAUUUGGAAAAAGUUUGUACUAGCCUAGAGAAACUUAUCAUUAAUAAAGCAAUCGUUGAUAAUGAAGGCUUGGCCUCUUUCAUUCAUUUUCAAAAAAGGUUGCAAUAUAUAUCAAUGUGUGAUAAUGUGAAUGAUGAGGCGGAUUCUAGAAAGGUCGGAAAGAGCUUACAUGAGAUCUCCUUAUUAUACAUUCAUUUUCGCGGUCAAAUCUUCUUUUCACCAAAGAUAUUGGCAAAAUUUUCAAAUUUAAAGUUAUUGAACCUUGAAUUGUCCGCGGAGAAACCUAUCAUGUUGCAUGAAUCUUCAAAUUUUCCAGUACUUGAAUUCCUGGAAGUAAUUUAUGAUAGGUUCACUCCUUAUAAAGUUUUCACAUGCAUCAUUAAGAGAACCAAAGGUAUGCUCCGUAGGAUCGCCAUGAAUGUAAUUGAAGAACCGCAAAGUGAAAAGGAGGCGAAGGAUUACGUGUUGGCAAUUGCGGAUCAUUGCCCAAAGAUUGAAUUCGUCACAAUUUGGUAUAAAGAAGGUAUUUAUGACGCUUUGGAAGAAAUGUUCAAGAAAUGUCAAAGGUUGGAGGGUAUUAAAUUGAUAACCGUUGAAGAUAUUAAAACAUUGCCAUUAUUAGAAUUUUUGGCAAUUAAAUCUCCCAAAUCAUUGAAAAUGAUUAAUUUGAGUAGUAUCGGAGAAUUUUUUCAUGGGAAUAUGGGAUGGGGAUUUUCACCUUUAGAUUUAACCAAAUUUUUUGAAAUGUGGAAAGGUCGUGAAUUACUUAAUUUUUAUAUUUCGGAUGUUAAGGGAAAUUUGACAAGGGAAUGUGUUAAAACUUUACAAAAAUAUUUACGUCAUGAUAAAGUAUUAAAUAGUUGGGAAGAGAUUCAAAUGUUGGAAGAUUCUGAAGAUAUCAUUAAUGUUUGGGAAACUUGUGAGUUGUGGAUGACUGCUGAAUAUAGAGCGUAA